GUCAUGCUGCCAAUAAGAAUACAAUUCAAACUGUGCGAUUUUUUCAACAAGGAUCCAUUAGUUGGGAAAGUUAUUAUGAAACAAUUUCCAAAAAACGCGACGUGUCCAUUUGGUCCGGGCUGGUAUCCAAUACAUAACAUAACGUAUGAAAACAAUCUACCGUUCGACAUACCAUUCACUUUUCAAGCAAUUGAAACAUCAAUAUGCGUGGACCUUAAAGUAAAUGUGGAGGACACGAACGAACGAGGAUUACACAUAAAGAUUUAUUUACAAGUUAUACAGAAACCAAGAAAUAGAAAACCUUCAUGAAUUUUAUAA